GGGCCCGGGGGUGGCGGCCGGCCGGGCCCGCGGCUCGGCGGGAGGCGUCAUGGUGAGCCGUUGCCCCACGUUGUCUUCGCUCGGAGCCCGUCCUUCCACCCGCCGCCGCCCGGCUGUGGGGUCGCCUCAGGGGGCGGAGGGGCCCGGCGGGCGCGAGGUGAGGAAGGGGGCCUCCUUUCGGUCCUCCUCCGGUUUCGAGACUCUCCACCUUCUUGAAGCUCCCUCUCCCCGGAGCUAAGUGACCUGCAGCGAGACCCACCAGCCCACUGUUCUGCUGGACCUGUUGGAGAUGACCUGUUUCAUUGGCAAGCAACAAUUAUGGGACCUAUUUGUGCAGGUCACAAAGAUGUUGUGUGUUUUAAAACUCCCUGAUGUCAUCAUGAUCAACUGAAUUAUGUUGGAAAAUCCUACUCUUUGCAUCUGCAAAGAGAAACCACUUCUUAAGCCUGACAGUGCAUAUCAAGGGGGAGUAUUUUUUCUCACAGUACACUUUCCAACAGACUAUCCAUUCAAACCACCAAAGAUUGCUUUUACAACAAAAAUAUACCACCCAAACAUAAACAGUAACGGCAGUAUUUGUCUUGAUAUCCUGAGAUCACAAUGGUCGCCAGCUCUGACUGUAUCUAAAGUUUUAUUGUCCAUAUGCUCCUUACUUUGUGAUCCUAAUCCAGAUGAUCCUUUAGUACCGGAUAUUGCACAGAUCUACAAGUCAGACAAAGAAAAAUACAACAGACAUGCAAGAGAAUGGACUCAGAAAUAUGCAAUGUAAACUUGUGAAGACUUUUUCGUAUACCACAGAGUACUGUAAAUUCUAGAGGUUUUUUUCAAAAUUAGAAGGAAAUGGAGCACAGUUUACUGUUUCAAUGUAUCAUGAUGCCCCUCGAAUUUUUUUCACCCAUGUAAGUGUGUUUCUGGAGCAAGGGAGAACAAACUUCCAAAAAUAACCUUAUGACUGUGAUAAGAAUAUUUAUCCUCUUUGUAUGCUCUGCAGAAGACAUUUAUUACGGUUUUUAAGAGUUGGCCAUCUGCGUCUUCAGACUACGAGAUCAAUAAUGCAGUUGUAAAGCAACCAAAUUAUUUUUGCUGGAAAACGUAGCUGGUUUUAUGUGAUGAAUGCUGUAUGUGUGUCCUUAAAGUAUGUUGUCUGUUUCAUAAGUGUGUUCAAGUUUCAUUUUGUUAGUUCACUUAUAUAAUUUGUUUUUUACUGUAUAGACUAAAUAUUUUAUUUACCAUGGAAGUAAUUUCAUUCUAGACUUACUCACUUGUGUGCAGUAUUGACAAGAUACAACUGCUAGUAAUGAAAAUAAUGGGAGUGUCCCACCCAAUAGGAUAUUCUAAAGACUGACUGCAGAUUUCUUAAAACCUAAAAUGAUCUUUGCACUGUAAUUCUUUGUAUGCUGAUUAUGGAGAAACACUUGGUUUUUAUUCUGUUGCAUACUUGACUUAAUUUUAUUGCAAUGUGAACUAAUUGCACUGCUACGUAGAAAGAUGUGUAACAGUUUUGUUGCUAUUCACAAAUGAUUUUUGACAUGUGGGCAACAUAACACUAUCACAGACCUUUUACAGAUCUAAAUGUAGCCUUUUCCAUAUAAAUAAAAUGCAUUUUCUACUA